AUGCGAACUUCACUGGCUUCCAUCCUUCAGCAGUGGAGACAUCGAAAGCCCGAUUGGAAUAAGAGGCUAAGCAAUUAUGUAUCCGGCCGAACCCCUAUUGCGGUGAGAUUUCCACGAAAUUGUUCUGGUUCAGAUGAAAAUGCUGGGAGGAACCCUGUGCUCGCUUGUUUAGCAGCUAUGCCUCACCAAAUUCUUCAACGCCAUCCUUAUUCUGAAUUCAAUGUGUCUUCAUGCUAUUCCCAACCUAGGCAUCCGCAGCAGUUGGUCUCUCUUCUACUUAAAGACGCAUCAAAUCGCCAAGCUGCUCAGCAGGUCCACUCUCAUAUCAUAACCUCUGGGUUGCUUCUGUACCCUUUUUAUUGCACCUCUUCCUGUUUGCAUCUCUUCAACACUCUGAUUCGCUGUUACUCUCUUGGCCUCUUUCCGGAAGAAUCUGUAAAGUUUUUUAUAUCUUCCCAAAACUGCCAUGCAUUUCUCAUGUAUUGUUCCUUUGACAGCUACACUUAUGCAUUCCUCUGUCAUGCCUGUGCCAAUUCGAAAUGCAUUCACCUUGGAAUCCAGAUUCAUUCUGUCAUAUUCAAAGUGGGUUUUCACUUUCACUUGUAUGUACAAACUGCUUUACUGUAUAUGUACUCAACUUGGGGUCUCUUAAUGGAAGCGGCGCAGGUGUUUGACAAAAUGCCUGAAAGAAAUACAGUUACUUGGAAUGUUUUCAUUACUGGUUUGAUCAAAUGGGGUGAGUUUAACCUUGCCUUGUCAUUAUUUCAUAAAAUGCCAAUUCGGAGUGUUGUCUCCUGGACAAUUAUUAUGGAUGGGUUCACACGCAUGAAUAAGCCUACUAAAGCAUUGACCAUGUUUAGGGAAAUGGUUGUUUGUGAGGGCAUAAAACCAACUGAAGUGACUCUUCUGACCAUUUUUCCUGCCAUUUCAAAUCUUGGGUUCAUUGUGAUUUGUCAAUCAGUCCAUGGCUAUGCAGAAAAGAAAGGCUUCAAUGCCUCUGAUAUACGCAUUAUGAAUUCACUGAUAGACUCCUAUGCAAAAUGUGGGUGCAUAGCAAGUGCAAGCAGAUUCUUUGAGGAGACAUCUGCUCACAGGAAAAAUUUGGUAUCGUGGACAUCAAUGAUCUCAGGUUUUGCAAUGCAUGGUCUGGGAAGAGAGGCUGUAGAGUAUUUUGAAACCAUGGAAAAGGCUGGGAUGAAGCCAAAUCAUGUGACAUUUUUGAGUGUUUUAAAUGGGUGUAGUCAUGGAGGAUUGGUUGAGGAGGGGCUCAAGUUUUUCCAUAAAAUGGUUGAUGAUUGUCAACUUGUGCCAGAUACCAAGCACUAUGGCUGUCUAAUAGAUAUGCUGGGAAGGGCAGGUAGGUUAGAAGAAGCUGAAAAGAUUGCUUUACAGGUAUCUCACGAGGUUGCCAAUGUUGUGAUUUGGCGGACACUUCUAGGGGCUUGCAAUUUUCAUGGAAAUGUUGAAAUUAGUCAGAGGGUGAUGAGGAAAAUACUGGAGAUGGAGAGAGAAUAUGGUGGAGAUUAUAUUCUUAUGUCCAAUAUACUUGCUGGUGUUGGAAGGUUUGGUGAUGCUGAGAGGUUAAGAAAAGUAAUGGACAUGAGAAUUGCUUUUAAACUUCCUGGCUACAGUUUAUUCUAA